AUGCCUGGAAGUAUCCCCCAUUACGGUGUCUGGACCCUGAAACAAGACCCUAAAUCACCACACAUCUACCUCUACUUCACUGACUCCUCCGAUUCAUCCUCGAGCAAAGAAAUCGAGGCUGCAAUUAACGUCAGAUCCACCGACAAAGACUCGCGUCUCGUCUUCUGGCUUACUAGAAACUUUUCCAACGAUGUCACUCAACAGUUGGAUGGGCUGAGUCAAAGCUUCCAUCUUCUCAGCACUUACGCUCAUUGCUCAGACCGGGCUCACAGCGAGCAUAUUCAUAGUCAUAACAAUAGCCAUCAUCACGAAAGCCGUCAUUACAACGAUGCCGGAGCCAAACUACAAGGAUUGGACUACAUCCGCACGCAGGGUUUAGUAAAUAUCAAGUCUGGCUCUGUGCUACCCACUGAAGCCUCUGGCCCUAAUAACGAUAUCAUGGACGAGCUCGAACCGAUCCUCACAGAUGCUAUCAAUCAGAAAGCCACCGUUUACAUUUUUGGGUCUUCCUAUGGUUCGGGCAUUCAUGACAUCCAUAUGAACCAGGGUAGUCUGCCGUCGUUUGAGAACGGAAUCUAUGAGGAUGGUGCUUUACUCUUUAAAUUUGCAGACGGUCAUUGGGAGGCGGUGUUUUUGGCAUUUGCGUCGCAGAGAAUCCCGACGAAUGAUAAGGGGGAGUACGAGAGCAACAGUCAGACGCUGGCUAGUAUUCUUGGACAGACUGAUAGUAAGGAUCAAUAG